AUGAAGUCCCAGAGCCCGGAGAGCGGGCGCCCUGCAGAAAAGCCCCUCCUGGCCGCCGCCGCCCCCAGUUUGUCCCCGCUGGGCGCUGCCUUCAUCCUCCUCAAGUCUGCGCUGGGUGCCGGCCUGCUCAACUUCCCCUGGGCCUUCCACAGGGCGGGGGGCGUGCUCCCCGCCCUCCUGGUGGAGCUAGUGUCGCUGGUCUUCCUCAUCAGCGGCUUGGUCAUCCUGGGCUACGCGGCCGCCUGCAGCGGCCAGAGCACCUACCAGGGCGUGGUGCGAGGGCUGUGCGGCCCCGCGGUCGGGAAGCUGUGCGAGGCCUGCUUCAUCGCCAACCUGCUCAUGAUCUCCGUGGCCUUCCUCCGGGUGAUCGGCGACCAGCUGGAGAAGUUGUGUGACUCCCUUCUGCCCGGCGCCCUGCUGGCCACACAGCCCUGGUACGCCGACCAGCACUUCACACUGCCCUUGCUCUCGGCGCUGGUCAUCCUGCCGCUGUCGGCCCCACGGGAGAUCGCCUUCCAGAAGUAUACCAGCAUCCUGGGCACGCUGGCCGCCUGCUACCUGGCCCUGGUCAUCACGGCGCAGUACUACCUCCGGCCCCAGGGCCUCGUCCGCGAGCCCCCUCCUGCGCUGAGCGCGUCCUCCUGGACCUCCGUCUUCAGCGUCUUCCCCACCAUCUGCUUCGGCUUUCAGUGCCAUGAGGCUGCCGUCUCGGUGUACUGCAGCAUGGGGGGGCAGAGCCUCCCCCGCUGGGCCCUGAUCUCCGUGCUGUCCUUGCUGGGCUGCUGCCUCGUCUACUCGCUGACAGGUGUCUACGGCUUCCUGACGUUCGGGUCGCAAGUUUCUGCCGACGUCUUGAUGUCCUACCCGGGCACCGACGCGGCUGUCGUGGUGGCCCGGGUGCUCUUCGCGGUCUCCGUCAUCACCGUCUACCCCAUCGUGCUCUUCCUGGGCAGGUCGGUGAUGCAGGACUUCUGGACGAGGAGCUGCCAGGGGACCUGGGGGCCCCGGGCGCUGGCCGACCCCUCCAUGCCCUGGGUGCGUGUGCCGCUGACGGUUCUGUGGGUCACUGUGACACUCGCCAUGGCGCUGGCGCUGCCCGACCUCAGCAAGGUCAUCGGCAUCAUCGGCGGCCUCAGUUCCUUCUUCAUCUUCAUCUUCCCCGGUCUCUGUCUCAUCUGUGCCAUGGAGGUUGAGCCCGUUGGACCCAGAGCCAAGUGCUGCCUGGAGGCCUGGGGCGUGUUCUCCGUGCUGAUCGGCACCUUCAUCUUCGGGCAGAGCACUCUGGCUGCCUUCCUGGAGCUGUCCUGAGAGCGUGGGGAGGCCCCAGCCCCCAUCCCCAGCUCCCCCGCCCUCGGCUGGGACUGUGACCGUGACCGACCACGACAGCCA